AUGAGCGCCUGCGCAUUGGGCUUAUUUGUGCUUGCUGUCGCGUCGGCCUCAUCCGCGACUGUCCUCGUGGACGACAGCGUCUGUGUGUGGAGCUCUUCGCUCUCUUUACUCGGCUGCCAGCCUUCCGCGCUGUGCGAGUACAACUACAACGCUGGCGACCUCACGUUGAGCGAGUCCUGCCGCGUCAAGGAAGGCGUCAACUACUACCCGCAGCAGAUUCAUCUCGCGUUUGCUGGGAGCACGGCUGGGACGGGAAUGACGGUGUCGUGGGCCACCUACGAGCAGGUGAACGACAGCUCACUGUGGGUCGGCACUGCCAACAACAGCGACUCGAUCAAGAUCGUGGGCACGACGAUCGAGAGCAUCAACGACGACAAGUAUCAUAUGUAUCACCACCACGCCACGGUCUCCGGGCUGUCGCCGCACACCAAAUACUACUACAAGGUCGGCAGCAAGGCUCAACCAACGUACCAGAGCGACGUGUACGCGUUCAUGACGGCGCGAUCUGCGUCUGAUACCUCGACAUUUAAUGUGAUCAUCUACGGAGACGCGGGUGAUGGAGAUAACUCGGUCGACACGAUCAAGCACAUGAACUCUCAGACAGCGGAAGAUAUCGACUUUAUCUUCCAGCUCGGAGACAUGUCGUACGCCGAUGAUGACUACCUCGUGGCCUCGCAGGUGGCUGGGUUCUUCUACGAGGAAGUGUACAACAAAUGGAUGAACUCGUUGGCCCCCGUCAUGAGUUCCAUCCCGUACAUGGUGCUGGUCGGCAACCACGAGGCCGAGUGCCACUCACCUGCAUGUCAGCUUUCGCAGACCAAGAAGGACAUGCUGGGGAACUACACAGCCUAUAACUCGAGGUGGAGGAUGCCCUACAAGGAGAGCGGAGGCGCGUUGAAUAUGUGGCACUCUUUUGACCACGACCCGAUCCACUUUACGUCGCUUUCAGCCGAGACGGACUACCGACCAACGCCUACACACUGA